CCCUGCCUCCCUCUUUCUUUCUCUAUUUAAUACGCCUUAGCCUGCCGCGUGUGUGUAUUUAUUUAUUUAUGCAUCUUAUUUGAAAGUCUCUAGGUUUUAACAUUUUAGUCGCUCCUCAAAUGAGAAGACGUAAAAGAUGGAGCUUCACAUUUUAGAGCACAGCUUGAAAGUGGCGAGUAUAGAGAAAGAGGGGAUCCAGAUUUGCACUCACGGAUUAAUAAAACUCGCCUUCUUGGCCUCCAAAACAAGAUGCAAGUUUUUCAGUUUGACAGAGACUCCGGAGGACUACACCAUUAUCGUGGACGAGGAGGGCUUUAAAGAGCUGCCCCAGUCCGAGCACAUCAGUGUUGCUGAUGCCACGUGGUUGGCCCUUAACGUGGUGUCGGGGGGUGGCAACGCCUCCAAUUCGCAACCCAUCGGAGUCACCAAAAUCGCUAAGUCAGUCAUCGCGCCGCUGGCCGACCACAAUAUCUCCGUUUUCAUGCUGUCGACGUAUCAGACAGACUUCAUUCUGGUUCGAGAGCGAGACCUGCCAAUGGUCAUGCACACGCUGUCUUCCGAAUUCACUUUGCUUCGGGUGGUCAAUGGGGAGACUGUUGCUGCGCACAAUCUGGGAGUCACCAAUGGAUUUGUAAAGCCAAAACUUGUGCCCCGUCCCAUCAUUCACCCUUUAUCUAGUCCCAGCAACAUGUUCUGCGUGACCAGCCUGGACCCAGACACACUGCCCUCUGUAGCCACACUGCUCAUCGACGUCAUGUUUUACUCUGGAGGGCCAAAAGAGCCUGGAGCAUCCAGUGAAGACUCCAGCCACAUCCGCUUCUUCUCCUUCUCCCUGAUCGAGGGCUACAUCUCUCUGGUCAUGGACGAACAGACAACUCAAAGGUUUCCAAACAACGUUCUCUUCACCAGUGCAUCUGGUGAGCUUUGGAAAAUGGUUCGCAUCGGGGGACAGCCUUUAGGAUUCGAUGAGUGUGGCAUCGUGGCUCAGAUAUCAGAACCCCUGGCAACAGCUGACAUUCCAGCUUACUACAUUAGUACCUUCAAGUUUGACCACGCCCUGGUUCCCGAGGAAAACAUCCAGAGCGUGAUCGGAGCGCUGCGGACCGAGAGCACAUCACAGUGAAGGAAACCAUUAAAAACAACCGUUUUCAAAGUCGUUUCGUUCAAACAUUUUAUCAUGUCCAAAAAGUGCCAAGAGCUUAUUAGCAGACUACUGUGGACCGGCUCUGAAAGAAGGAAGGGAUAUAAGCACAGAGUGUGGGUGGAGUUUUUGGGCGGGGGGGCGGGGUUGUGACAGUGUGAUAGGGAUGCCUUUGUUACUUGAUCAUUUUCUUUACCCUCACCCCUCCUUCCUUCCUUGGCACUCGAGGCCCUCCGCUGCCUGCUCCGGUAGUUGUUGCUUUAGUUCACCAGACUCAGUAUGUUUCUUUCCCUCUCUGAAGCUGCUUCUUCCCACUCCCUGACCCCCACGAGCACCAUACUGUAUUAGUUACAUAAUUGCUCUCAUGGAAGGAUGACGAAUGUACUCAAAAACAGAAGAAAUAUAUAUAUAUAUAUCAAGCUCUCCUUUUUUUUUUUCACAGGUCAUUUUUCUUCUCAGUGCCAAGAUGUUUGAAUGCCUAAACCAAUGCCUUUGUCAAAAUACUACAGGUGUGUGCAAUUUCGGAGACAGCCAAUGGUGACAAACAGCCUGGUUGAGUAAAAUGUUUUUUUGUUUUUUUUUUGUUUUGUUUUUGCUUUUAUUAGUUGUUGAACAUGUUUUAAUUACACCAGAUGAUGUGGCUGUUGGGAGUCCCUUCAGACUCAGAAGUGAGAUUCAGAUGCUUGGCCUGGUCAAACAUGAAGUGAAUUCAAGAUCUUUAUGAGGAAUUAAUGUUUUAGUGCUGUGAUCAGUUUCAUGCAUUCACACUGUGAGCAACCUGAUUGAUGGGUCACACAGAAUCAGCCGAAUCGGUGGAAUUUAACCAGGUAGAGCAAAUUUUUUAAACAGACUAAUUAAUUCUUUAGCUAGCGAGCACACUCUAAUUAAAAAAAUAAUCAGUGAUAAUUUUGAUUUAAUCACUGAAAUUGCUUUAAAACAUUUUGGCAAUACAGAUAUUUUUGCUGUCCUUUGUCUGAUACUGUAAAUUCAAUCUAGAUUGAAACUAGAUGGAUUGGCACAACAUCUGAUUCAUGGUUCCCAGAUGAGGCGUCCUAACUUUUCAUCCAGCGCCAUCAUCAGGUCAAAAUUUCAAAUCAUCCAGUACUUUUCCAUCAGUCUCAGCUAAAUUUAAAACAGCUAAAUAAAAAACAUUAAAAUGCUGUUUAGAACAUUAACCUACCAACACUAAGAUUUUGUAUGACAUAACAUUGCACUGCACAGCAUGUUAGCAACCACUACCAGAUCAGCCACUGUCAUGUUUACAUUUACUUCAACAACUGCUGAGGAUCAAAAACAAACUUUUGUCCAUCUUACAGUUUAGUUCUCUUUACAAUCAGCAGCACAGCCAUACGAAUACGCCAGCAUUGCUUUUGUCUCUUUCUUCUUUUGUAUUUUACUGAUUAAUUUAAAAAAAAUAUAUAUAUAUGUAAAAAAUUGUCAC